UUGCAAGCAUGAUGCAAUAAGCCACGAGUUUACGUUUCCAAGUAUCGCUACAAUUUUGCGCCAGAAUGGCGGCCCUGGUAAGACGAUCGCUUCAAUGCUUGGUGAGACUGCAAGUUGAACCUAAAGGAUCUUGUCUUAUUGUCUCAAGACACAUGUCGCAGGGAGACAAGCCCCUGUCCGGUAAGUCGGCCCUGGUGACCGGCUCCACCAGCGGGAUCGGACUGGGCAUCGCGCGGGCGCUGGCCGGUAACGGCUGCAACAUCGUGUUCACCGGGCACAAGGACGAGGCCGGCAUCCGGGAACUUCACCAGGAGUUUACCAGACAGCACAAAGUGAAGGCUAACUACAUCCCUGCUGAGCUGACCCGGUCUGGUGACAUUGAGAAGUUGUGUCAUGAGACCAUGGCGUACUAUCCGGAGGGUGUCAACAUUCUUAUCAACGCUGCAGGAAUUCAGCACGUGUGUCCGAUUGAGAAGUUUCCCUUGGAACGCUGGGAUACCAUGAUGUCCGUUAUGCUGACUGCGCCGUUUCAAAUCAUCAAGCAUCUGCUGCCCGCCAUGAAGACAAAAGCAUGGGGGCGCAUCGUUAACGUGUCCACUGUGCACGGCUUGGUGGCGUCUGUGAACAAGUGUGCGUACGUCUCCGCAAAACAUGGGCUAAACGGACUCACCAAGGUCGUUGCCCUGGAGACGGCAGGGACUGGGGUCACGUGUAACUCCAUAUGUCCCGGAUGGGUGCUGUCUACCAUGAUGGAGCAGCAGAUAGCCCAAGCUUCUGCGGAAAACGGCGUAUCCUGGGACGAAGCAAAGUGGUUACUGAUAUCUCAAAAGCAACCAUCAAUGCAGUUCGCCACGAUUGAGCAGGUGGCAGCGUCAGUGGUGUACCUGUGCUCUCCGGCCGCUGACCAGAUGACCGGCUCCUGUAUGACCAUGGACGGAGGCUGGACGGCGCAGUAGUACGGACAAAACAUGUCCGAUACAAGUGUUGGUCAAAGGGCUAGCCAGUCUGUCAAUGGUUGUUUUUACUCGACAUCUAAUUGUUAUUGAAAUUUAGAUGGAACGAAAGUUUUAGUACGGUAUCGAAAUAGUUUAGGUAGCCAUAUCGCAAAGAAAAAGAAUUAUGUUUUAACAGUAAGACCAUGUUAAGUCAAUUAUAAAGAGUAUAGUCUUCAAAACAUAAUUUCGGUCGGCGAAUAAAAAUGUUUGACAGAAAAUACAUUCAUAGUGAAAUGUAAGGGGUCAGGAAGGUUGACGAAUUAACCAGAGUAUAUAGUGUAGAGAACAGUAGAAUUUCAAGUUUUGUUCUUUCACACCUUGUUCUUCGACGUUGGAACUGACUUCAGCAUUCUACGACAUUAGUUUUGAUUCCCGAUUUUUCUUUAUCUUCAUGGCAUAUAAAUUCAUAAAUUUGCCCAUUAAUUUUGCAAGUGCUUAAUACGAUUUUCAAAAUGGUCGAAGAUUUUUUUCUAGACCGACGAAAGUGUGAGCGGAUGUCAUCUGUAUAAUCGAAUCAGCAUAGCCUAAGUUAUCAGUCGGUUUAGCGGUACAGUGUGUUUUCUGUCUUUUCGAAUAAACAAGAAUGCAGUCAGAACAACAUUUUAUGAGUGAGAAAAAUAAGACGUUUUCACAGAAAGUUGCAUUGAGUUAGUCAAGUAGUCUCUUCAGUGUAGUGCCCUUAACUUUUCGAUUGUAUUCUUCGCAUUUCAAUCAAUUAAAAAUCUCCCAAAACAUUGGAGGAUAUUGAACCUCCAAAAUGUUUUUAUA